CCUGUUCUGCUCUCCAUCUCGCCAUUCUCCUGCCCAGCAAACAGUAAGGCAGACCACAAUUCAACAUGGCCGACCAAGUCAUAUCGGACUCGCCCAAUGGCGAGUAUGAGGUUGAGAUGCAGAAGUCCUCGGUAUACCAUGUCGAUGAGACCAAUGAGAAGCUCGAUUACAACAGGGCGGGUGCGAUCGAGGCAGAGCAUACUGAACACAGGAUGGGCGUCAUUGAGGCGGUUCGAGCCUAUCCCUCUGCCAGCUGGUGGGCAUUUGUCAUGUCAUGCACCAUCAUCAUGGAGGCCUACUGCGUUUUCUUGAUGGGAAACUUCAUUGCUCUUCCUCGAUUCGCCCAAGACUUCGGCCAAUACAAUGCCAGCCAAGACAAAUAUUUCAUUACAGCCGCAUGGCAGUCUGCUUUUCAGUGUGGCGGGCCAGUCGGUGCCUUCAUUGGCGUCUUCCUUGCCGGACCGAUCACUAGUGCCAUCGGAUACCGGUGGGCAACCAUCGGCGGCCUCAUGGCUUUGAACGGCUUCAUUUUUGUCUUUUAUUUUGGCAACUCACUGGGAGUCCUGUUUGGAUCCCAGGUUCUCGAAGGCAUUCCUUGGGGCGUCUUCAUCGCCAAUGCACCAGCAUACUGCAGCGAGAUCGUCCCCCUCAGGCUGAGAGCCCCUGCAACUCAGAUGCUUCAGAUGUUCUGGGCUGUCGGAGCGAUUAUUGUGGGCGGCGUCACCUAUCAUUACAACAGCUUGGACCGCGAAGAAGCAUACAGAAUUCCUAUCGCGCUUCAAUGGCUGUUCCCCACUCCCCUGGCCCUACUCAUUUGGUGGGGACCCGAAUCGCCCUGGUGGCUGGUUCGGAAGGGAAGGCUCGAAGAGGCACAAAAGGCCGUCAGACGCCUAGGACGCUCGUCUAUGCUUGACAACUCUGCCGAUCAGGUGGCCAUGAUGCGUCGUACUGUCGAGCUUGAGAAGACCGAGAAAGAACCCAGUCUCAUCGAACUGUGGAAAGGCACCGAUCGCUACCGGACGCUUAUUGUGUGCGGUGUGUACGCUGCUCAGAACUUGACCGGUAACCUCAUUGCCAAUCAGGCCGUGUACUUCUUCGAGCGCGCGGGCAUCUCCACUAACACCGCAUUUGCCCUUGGUCUUAUUACUUCUGCCCUACAGGCGGUCUUUGUCAUGCUCUCUUGGAUUCUCACGACCUACCUGGGCCGACGGACUAUAUAUCUUUGGGGCUCGGCCUUCAACUGCAUCCUUUUGAUCGCUCUCGGUAUUGCAGCUUCAGUCGGGGUGUCAAACUCAGCUUCCCUGGCGCAAGCAUCUCUUGGCCUUAUCGUCUCCGUCUUAUUCUGCCUAGGACCAGCUCCUGCCUCAUGGGUCAUCAUCGGAGAGACGUCAUCCAUCCGUCUCAGGCCUCUAACCACUGGUGUCGGACGUGGUAGCUACUACGCUGUCAACAUCCCUUGCAUCUUCCUAGCAAGCUAUAUGCUCAACCCAGACCAAGCAAACCUUGGUGGCAAGUGCGGCUACGUCUGGGCUGGUACCGCGUUCGUGUGCUUGGUCAUGGCUUAUAUCUGGCUACCAGAGAUGAAGAAUCGGUCCUACCGCGAGAUCGACAUCUUGUUCAACCGCCGUGUUCCGGCACGCAAGUGGAAGAAGACCAUCGUCGAUAUCAACGACGACCAUUAGUCGGAACGCAUUGGAGACCGCGAUGACACCGGGGACGCCGAGAGUCAACAGCGGGAAGAGCCAAGCAAGAUCCGCCUUCCUCCACAGUGGAAAUUGCACAACAUGUGUUAAAGCUGACCUUGUUGAAAAGAAUGGAUAUAUUACGAAGCCGGCUUUUGGGGAGCUAUUGGCGAUGGCAGUAAACCAGGAGACGCCGAGCCUCGUCAGGGCAAGGCUGAGAACAAAUUUGGCCACGAGGGAAUAUACAUACAUACUAUGUGCAAGGAUAGGAC